GUACAGCAUGUAUUUGAGGCACGGCGAGCUGCUCCACUCCUGUUUACAUGGCUGCCCGCAUCUGGGGCAGGGUCUCGUAUAUUCUGGGGACUGCAGCUGCUCUCCUCCUGCCUUCUGAGCGCUCUGCUGGCCACCAGCUCGCUUUCAGGAAUUGUUUUUUCCAGCCCGAAUUUCUUCAAAGGCCUCUUCAGUGCCUCCCUGCCACUCCGGCCCCAUUUGGAUCUAAGCAGUGCCCCAGCAGCAGAAUGGACCUGCCAAAAUUAGACUUCUCUGCAUGACGUUUCUGGUAACUAGCAGAAUGGUGGCUGGCGAGGCGAGUGGGCACAGCUUCCUGGUGGCAUGCUGGCAGCCCAUCCUCAUCCUGAUGCUGGGCACAGUGCUGUCGGGCUCGGCCACAGGAUGCCCUUCCCGCUGCGAGUGCAGCGCUCAGGAGCGCUCCGUCCUGUGCCACCGCAGGAAGCUGAUCAGCCUUCCAGAAGGGAUACCCAUCGAGACACGACUGUUGGACCUGAGCAAGAACCGUUUGAAAGGCAUCAACCCUGAGGAGUUCAUCAACUAUCCUCACUUGGAAGAGCUGCAGCUCAAUGAGAAUGUUAUCUCGGUCAUUGAGCCGGGUGCCUUCAGCAAUCUCUUUGGCUUACGGACGUUAGGACUGCGCAACAACAAGCUGAAGCUCAUUCAGCUGGGCGUAUUUACUGGCUUGAGUAACCUUACAAGAUUGGACAUCAGUGAGAAUAAAAUAGUCAUCCUGCUGGACUACAUGUUCCAGGACCUUUAUAAUCUAAAGGAACUGGAGGUGGGAGAUAAUGACCUGGUCUUCAUCUCUCACAGAGCCUUUCAUGGCCUCACUAGUUUAGAGCAGCUCACCAUGGAGAGGUCCAACCUGACCUCUGUGCCCACAGAGGCUUUCAGCCAUCUUCACAAUUUGCUGAUCCUCAAGCUGUGGAAUUUCAAUGUUAACAUCAUUAGGGACUUUUCCUUCAGGAGACUCUACCGCCUGAAAGUGCUAGAGAUAGCAAAUUGGCCCUUUCUAGAAACCCUGACCGCCAAGUCUCUUCAUGGGCUUAACAUUACCACCCUGAGUGUCACAAACUGCAACCUCACUGCCGUCCCUUAUGUGGCCAUCCAGCACCUUGUGUACCUUCGCUCUCUCAAUCUUUCCUUCAAUCCCAUUGAGAUUGUGGAGGGCAACAAAAUGCACAAUUUGAUGAGGCUCCAGGUGUUCGACUUAGUAGGAGGUCGAUUAACCACUAUUGAGCCUUACUCUUUCAGAGGUCUAAACUACCUUAAAGUUCUCAACGUAUCCAGCAAUAGCCUAAGCACUUUAGAAGAGUCUGUCUUUCACUCGGUUGGCAACCUGGAGACCUUGGGCCUAUAUGACAACCCCUUGGCAUGCGAUUGCCGUCUGCGUUGGGUCUUUCGUCGCCGCCUGAGGCUCAAUUUCAACAAGCAGCAGCCAUCUUGCGCCACGCCCGAGUUUGUUCAGGGGAAAGAGUUUAAAGACUUCCCAGAUACUCCCCCCGAAAACUCUUUUACUUGUCAGAAAUCUCAGAUCAGGGACCACAAAGCCCUUCAGAGAUUUGUAGAUGAGGGGACCACGGUUCGCUUUGCAUGCCAAGCAGAUGGGGACCCGGCCCCUGUGAUCAUGUGGCAAUCUCCAAGGAAGCAAUUCAUCACCACCAAAAGUGUUGGACGUCUCUCAGUGUCUCUGGACGGAACUCUGGAAGUGCGUUACGCCCAAAUACAAGACAAUGGCACAUAUACAUGUAUAGCUACCAAUGCAGGGGGUAAUGACACCAAGCUUGCUCAUUUACACGUUCAUAGUUAUUCUCCUAACUGGCCCCAUCAGCCUAAUAAGACAUUUGCCUUCAUAUCCAACCAGCCCAACGACGGUGGUGCCAAUGGGACUGGUAGAUCAGUCCCAUUCCCAUUUGAUAUGAAGACUCUCAUCAUUGCUACUACCAUGGGAUUUAUCUCUUUCCUCGGAGUGGUGCUGUUCUGUCUCGUUCUCCUCUUCCUCUGGAGCCGGGGGAAAGGUAACGCCAAGCCAAACAUUGAGAUUGAAUAUGUGCCACGUAAAGUAGACGGGGAGACUAGUCCAACUGAGGAGUCCCAUAAGAUCAGAAUGAAAAUGAUGUAAAAGUUUUCAGUAUAAGUAAGUUACAGUGAACUGCAGUUCAUAUGAGAAAUCGCUGGCAAGAGACUUUCUUGGAGGAGUGAAGGAGAAGUUUAUUUGUUUCCCUUACGGAAUUGAUGGAAGAAUCAAUGUCUAAAGUAAAGCCUUUUCCAAAUAUUUUUUUUGCCAAUCACUACACAGCUCAGUCCUACAGGGAUUGCUUCUUCAAAGGAAAGUCAGAAAGAAUUUCAAGGGACCUAAAAUUCUGUUUUUGUUUGGGUAACUACUCAGAUUGUUUAAGAGCCAGAAAACAGAAGGCCAGUUUUAAACCCAUAUUUGUCCUUGUCUUUUAUCUUCCGUCAUUUUUUCCUGUACAUAAUUCUUUCUGUGUACAUAGGGCAAUACAGUUGAUAAAAAUGAGGGUUGAGAAAUCAUGUUCAUGGGUUGUUGAGCAUCUUGAAGUUAUUGUGAUGUGCUUAAAUGGGUCAGAUAUAUGUAAAUUGUAUACCUGUCUGAUUAAAUUGCCAACUCUUUAUAAGAGAUUUUUUUGUUUAAAAUGAAAUAACGAUUAUGCUUGACAAUCAUCCAUAUUGUAAAAGUCAAGUGUUAAUCCUUAAAUAUGGUGUCCUUAAAUGGAUGGUAUUAUUUCAGUUUUAAUGCCAGAUAUAAGCCUAGUAUAUAUAUAAGCCAAAUGUAGCUUUGAAGUUAAAGCCAUUUGGUGUUUCUGAAUGUGUGGUGAAGCCAAUCUGUUGUGGUAUUCACACUGAAAUGUCUGACAGAAGCCUCACGAGAUGUCUCAGCAGUUUUCAUCUGCUGACGAAAAGUUUACAUUUUUAUUGAUUUCUCUUUUUCAUCGUAUCCUGUCAUGAUUAAUUUGCCAUACCUUAAUACAUCCUUAACAUUCAUAAGGCAGGGACUUUCUUUGAAGGCAAAUGUGUUCAUCAACCCUUGAAAACUAUCAGUAUUGCCUCUGGAACAAUGACAGACUUAAAAUGAUACCAUUAAAAUGAUAACCUUUUUUUA